UUGCAAUUGAAAUAGGGGUGCUCUGUACUUGGUGGAACCAAAGCCCUCGCCGUCCCCGAACUCCUCCGUCACACGUAGCUUUCCCUCAAAUAUAUUCAUUGCUUCUCUCCUUAACAAAGUACCAAACAAAUCCUUUCACUCUCUCCCUACUCAUCACUCAAUCUACGAAUUCCACUUCAGGUACUGAUUACUGAAUCUCUUCGCUCUCUCAGCCGUCAUCUUGUACUUCUUCCAUUUCCGCAUGUAUCAGAAUGGCCAUGCAAACCACAGCCUCUGCACAAGUCGUUGGAAAUGCUUUUGUUGAGCAGUAUUAUCAAAUUCAGCAUCGCUCCCCAGAUGAAGUAUACCGAUUCUACCAGAAUUCGAGUGUCUUAAGUCGCCCAGAUUCUAAUGGUGUGAUGUCAUCUGUGACAACAAUGGACGGUAUCAAUGAUUUUAUAUGCUCAUUGGACUACAAGAACUGCAAGGCCGAAAUAAAGACUGCUGAUGCACAGGAAUCCUUUAAGGAUGGGGUGAUUGUUUUAGUAACUGGAUGCUUAACCAGAAAGGAUAACGUGAGAAGGAAGUUCACCCAGACAUUUUUCCUUGCCCCACAGGAAACUGGUUAUUUUGUCUUGAAUGAUGUUUUUAGAUACAUAGAAGAAACUGAGACUGAUACCGUCUCAGAAACGAUAAAUGGAAGUGAGGAUCUGCAGUCAGAGGUUCUGAUCCCUGAUCCAGAACCUAAUCAUGUGGUUGAUCCUUCAAAUUUCAACCAAGCUGGCUCAUAUGCCGAAGAAGCUCAACAUGUUGAGGAAAAAGCAAAUGACUCUUUGGAAGAUGGGAGACAAGUUGUUGAUGAAAGAGAGAUUGUUGUGGAAGCUGAAUCCCAUUUCAAUGAGGACCAGAACCCUGUAAAUACCGAAUCAGCUAACUCUGUUGCGCAAGAGGAUGCUCCAAAGAAGUCAUAUGCAUCGAUUGUCAGUUCACAAACAAAGAAAGGGCCAACGAAAAUCUAUGUACCCACUAAUACUUCCAGAAUGGCUCCUCCGAAGGCGGUAAAGCAGCCAGUUGCUGCAGUAGCACAAACUGCAGCAUCUGAAGCAUCAAACGCUACUGCCCCUAGUGGAAUUAAUGUUGCUGAAACUAAUGAUACUGAAGCCGAAGCUGAGGGACACUCCAUCUAUGUCCGCAAUUUGCCUCUAGAUGUUACUGUAACCCAACUUGAAGCUGAAUUUAAGAGAUAUGGGCCUAUUAAGCAAGGAGGUGUACAAGUUAGAAGUAAUAGGCAACAAGGAUUCUGCUUUGGCUUUGUUGAAUUUGAAGAUGUGAGCUCCAUGCACAAUGCCAUACAGGCUUCACCCAUUACCAUUGGGGGUCGUCAAGCUGUUGUUGAGAUGAAGAGAACUACAACUAGAGUUGGUAGUGCGAGAGGCCGUUUCACUCCUGGAAGAGGAGGGUUCCGAAAUGACAAUUUCAGGGGCCGCGGAAACUUUGGUGGAGGUCGGAGCUACGGGAGAAAUGAAUUUGGAGGACGUGAUUUUUCAGGGCGUGGUAGGGCUCAAGGUGGACGAGGUGGCGAAGGCUAUCAAGUUAGGGGGAGAGGGGGACGUAGAGGUGGCCCUAGUCAGAGUUCUACCACAGCAUAGUUUGUGUGGCUGGAUAAAUUUUGGUGGUAAAUUUUAGCUUAGUUUCUUUGUUUGCCAGUGUGCAAGCAGCGGAACAGUUUUUGCUGUGUACUGAUAUCAACUUUAUCAGAGUUGUGAUUGACGUUAA